AUUCUCAGGGAGGUGAACGACUGUGGAACAAGUGUGGAACAACUGCUGUCUGCGAUUCGUGAAAAACUGCAGCAAUUGGCGCAGCGAUUGUGCUUGCCAUGAGGCCUGGCAUGAGGGCAUCAGUAAUAUCGCUUCUGUCCUCUUCUAGGCUGCCCCAAACUGUGUUGAUCAGACCGCAUGCACGCGCAAGGGUGGAAAAGUGCGCAAUUAGUCAUGCAAGUUCGCCAGAGUUUCUCAGACAGGCGAGGCCCCUUGAUGGGACCUGACCACACGAAGUGGCAGCCCUACAAUCGAGUUUGAUCCCAUGUAGGCUGGAUAAGGAAAAGGACGGGCAAAAAGGGAAGGGUGAAGGGGCAGAAGUGAAGGGAUAACCCGCCUGCAGCGCCUGCUCUUCACAUCCCUGUGGUUUCUCGGCUGCAUUCCAUUGGCGGUCAGCGAUUGGUCCAGCUUCGCAAGUGGCGAACAGCUCCAGAGCUUGUCACAACAUACGGAACGUUCCAGCUCCUGUAGAUAUUCCGACCCGUGCCUUCCUGCGGUCUGACCAAGAUGAGGGGGUUUGUCCUCAAGACCCCUGGGAAGAGGGCGGCAACUCCUGGUCGCACAAGGGGGGCGAAGGCGCCAGUGGCGGAGUACGAUUGUCCUCCCACCCCUCGGCAAGCAAGGGAUGCUGCCGCAGAACAGGAGUUUGCGCAGAGGGGGGUCAGAACCGUGCUGGCAAUCAAGCCCCUAGAGGCAGAAAGUGGUGUCACAAGAGCAGAGUACCCAAUACUGACGUUCGACCCGUCCGCCCGCGCCCUGGUCACCACCGCGCCCCCUGAGGCAGUGCCCGGUGAUAUUACCCCCGAGCACUCCUUCGACUCGAGGUACUUUGACCACGUAUACCAGGGGCCAACCCUUCGGGUGGACCUCAAAAAGGAGCUUCAACCAUUUGUGGACUGUGUGGUGGGGGGCAGGAGCGCGGCGGUUGUUGCUUACGGUCAGACGGGCUCCGGGAAAACGUUCCUUAUGGAGGGCGAGCCAUCUGCCAAGGAUCGAGCAGCUUGGGGUCUUGUGCCGCACGCCAUCUACAAAGUGCUGCAAGCGGUGCAGCGGAGCAGCGGCAAGAAGUUCCUGGUGUCGCUGUCGUACCUGGAAGUCUACAACGAGAUUGUGCGCGAUUUGCUCGCGCCCGCCGCGCCCAGGAAAGGCGAGCCCGGCCCCAGCCUGCAGCUGAAGCUUAACGCAGACGGCUACUACGACGUUCCGGACGCAACGGUCACUCCCGUCUCUGACGUCACCCAAGCCCUGGCCCUCCUGCGCACCGGCGCCGCCCGCCGUGCCUGCGGCGCGACCCACAUGAAUGCGCGCUCCUCGCGCUCCUUCGCUGACGUCAUCCUGACGGUGGAGAGCAUCGAGGGCGGCGGCGGCGUGUGCUGCGGGCGGCUGCACCUCGUGGACCUGGCGGGGAGCGAGCGGCAGGCGCAGACGGGCGCGCAGGGGGGGCGCCUGAAAGAGUCGUCGUCCAUCAACCUGGCCCUGCUGGCCCUGCGCAAGGUGGUCCACGCGCGCAGCGCCGCGCAGCCGACGCUCGCGCCGUACACCGACAGCAAAGUCACUAAGAUCCUCAAGGACGCCCUUUCCGGCGACGCCGCCCUGCUGGUGGUGUGCUGUUUGAGCGCCUCCCCGGUCAACUACCAGGACUCCCUGGGGACUCUCAAGUUCGCCGCCAGCUGCCGCAGCCUCACGGCCAAGCCCACCGUCCGGAGGGUCCGUACCGUAGACAGCCGGAUCACGGGGCUGUCCGUUGCGGUGGAGCGAGUCCGUGCAGCGGAACAGGCGGCGGCAGCGGAACGGAUGAUCCGGCUUGAGAGCAGGGCGGUCGCGCAAGAGCUGGAGCUGCAGGUUGCAGAAGCCCGGCUGUGUGAGGCGCGCGGCCAGCUGGCCGCGGGCGCGAACCUGGCGCUCGCUGCGCGCGCUGCGUGCGAGGAACUGCUGCUGCACUGCGCGGCCGCGGUCGACGAGCUGGUCGCGGGGCAGGGCGCCGCGUCGGAGGCGGCCGCGGGGCUCCUGGCGAGGCACGUGCUGCCGCAGCUGGACUUCUGCCUGGGCAGCCCCCAGAUGACAGCCCACGUGGCUCCUUCCGCGCUGCUCCGCUUUUGCAAGUCGCUGCUUCAGGUCAACUUCGCGGCUGCCCACAGCGCGGCCGCGCCACUCGCGUCGCUCUUUGACCGCUUGAUACCGCCAAAGCUGACGUCACCCCUGCCCAGACGCCCGAUGACGACGUCACCCUCGUCCCGCCGUGCGAAAGAGAACCCGCUCUCGCCGCAAAGUGCCGACUUUGGGCCUUUGACAGAGGGCUCCGGAAGGGGUGUUCUAGGGGGGUGUGAGGGACUGCUAGCGCGCACGUGGCCCGGGUUGCUGACGUACUGCGCGAAGCUGGUCCUAGCGGAAGCCUCGGGGGAUCCCCCUCUGCCGCCCUUCGUUCUCGGCAACAUGGAGAAAGCUCUGCGGGGCAUCGGGCGGGUUCUAGCGGACGAGGAAGUCAAGCGGGUUUCCGGGCCCGGGGAGAACGGUUCCGAGGCGCGGGAAGCUCUGGAGGUGUCAGAGCAGGUUUUGGCCGCUCUGAGCGGGGCGGAGAACAGAGCGCUAGGAGCCAGGUUUUCGAACAUCUUCCGAGCAAUCAUAAGAGAUGGUACGCAGAUUCGACGGCAACCGCUUCUCGACCUGGGCAGCCCGGUUGGGUUAGGCAAACCGAGCAGUCCUGGGAGCUGGCUAACCCCGUCUCGAGCCUGGGUGAGGGCAGAGCCUCCACGGGGGAAGGGUUCGCCUGUUCUAAAAGCAGCGCUAUCAGGGGGCGGCCACUUGCUUGUCCGCGAGAUGUCAAUUCGUUCCGGCGGAACGUCCCCCGAGAGUGCGUCCGAGACGGAACCGACCGCUGUGAACGGAGCUAAUCCGACGAGGGAGCCGGGCGAAGGAAAGGUGCUUACGUCAGCAGGUACGCAAGGAUUGCGACCGGUCAAGACUGCUCAGGGCACUCCAGAUUGGGUCGCGAACGAUCGCGGGCACGCUGGGAGAGCUGGGGCUAGGGGGACUGCUUUGGAAGUGGAGAGCGAUAUCUUAUUGGGGGGUGACGCAGACGGGAGCCCGGGCAGUUGGCUGACCCCCGGGUGCAAAAAGACGGGUGCUUUUGCGAGGAGUUCAAGGCUUCGGGCGGGUGAGGAGCGGAGCUGCUCCGAGGAAGACGCACAUACAAGAUCGCAGGGAGGAAAGACACGUGUGGCAGAGGAGUGGAGCAAUGGUGGCAACGUUGCGAAGGCCAAGGGGGAGGCUCCGGAUAAGGAAAUGGUGUCAGAUUGCAAGGUCGCAUUCAAAACUCGAAAGAAGGCUAACAACGCCGAAGGCGGGCAGGCGGAGAAUCAAGCUUCGGCGGAACCGGAAUCGGCGUCUGCACAGGAGACCAGUAACGAAAAGCACGUAACGGAAGCGAAGAAGACGGAGGAGACGAGCGGAAAAGGAGGGGCUAGAAGUGGCGGCAAAAGCUAUCCCCGGGCGCUCAUUGCCGGGGAGUGGCACACCCCCGAGUAUAUGAAGCCGAAAGGGACGGUCGCCCGCUAUGCGAAGACGUGCGAGCGCGCAAGCGUGGGUUUGCGGACGCCCGACGACGCGGCCGCGGCGUCCAAAGCGAUGGCGUCCGUGAAGAAGGUGCUGUUUGCGGAGGUCGGGGACAGGACACGUGGCAGCCGCCCGUUGGAAGCUCGAAGGAGUUCAGAUUCCGGGGGGGUCUCGGGGCCGGACCCAGAUCGGCGGAAACAGUGCGAAAGCGUUGGGAUUCCGGUGCCGAGCACUGACAAAAGCGGUGGAUCGCCGAUUUUGCGAGCGCCUGGGUCUGUAGAGAAGCGGCGUUUGGCGACCGUUCUGGUCGGGGAAGUGGAACCGAGGAAGGUGCUGUCGCCUCUGAAGCAGUCCGGAGCCUGGCCGACGGUCGCGCGGAAAGCCAGCCCGUUUGGCGCUCAAUAUCUUGGGAAAGAGAACGCCCCGGCGAACCUCCAGCCCACCGCUCCAUUGCCACCCACGUCAGCGCUCAAGCCAGGUGCGCUGACGUCACCCCGGCCAUCCUUACUCAAGCAGGCCCUGCUCCGGUCCCCUUCGACUUCCGGACGUGCCUUCGGACCGCUCGGACCGCUUCCGACGUCCGCAGCGAGGCCCCCGCGAGUCGCUCUCAUCAAAGAGGAUGCGCAGCGGGUCGGAAGCGCUGCCGUCCACGUCAGCACUCCGUAUGAACGGAACGGCGGAGCUGGAGGGCGGAAUGAGAGCGGAAUUGCGUUUGCGCAGCUGCGGGGUCAGCUGCAGUCGCUUCUUGCGAGCGGAGAGAAGCGGCGCCCGGAGAUGCAAUCGAAUGAGAUUGUGAACUCUGCCGGAGCACAGUCAGCGAAAACGGAGUCAAGUCGAAUGGAGUCAAAGACCCCGCUUGUUACGAGGACCGAGAGGGCGACGUCCUUCCUGUCUCCGGCACUGCUUUGGACCCCCAGCCAAGGGCCCUCCCCGUCAUUAGCCAACCUUCGAGAACGGCUUGCUGGAAUGGCGCGACAGUAGAGGAGACCGAUUGGAGAACGAUUUGUGUGCUUUUUCGCCAGCGUUUGGCGGACAGGGAUUUGUAACAUAGCGAAGCUCCGAUCGACAAGUCACGAUUGACGGAGCUGCCCAACGAAACUUAUCCUCUUCAACGACAAGCUCAAGUGAGCUGUUGAUUGUUUCCAAUCUGCUUGUGUUUGUAACCCUGUAGUGAUGACAGAUCCCUAGCAGUCAAGUUCUUGUACACUGAUGACAACUAGGUGCUCAUAUCUCUACUACCUCUAGCCCGUCUCGAUGAACCUAAGGUUUCGAUUGGAUUCUUCACCACGCUGGUGUGACUCAACGCUGACCUGGGAUCGCCAUGGAUUUCCCCUGAUAGAGUCUCCA